UCACAAUCACUUCCGCCGCCGCAGUCCCUGCCCGCCCCACUGCUAUCUGGCGGGGGAGGAACCCCAGACCCGGGAGCAGAGGCUCGGGAGCUGGCGACUAUCUUCCGAGGUCCAAGAGGUCUGCUGCUCUGAAGAUCGCCCGGCUGCACAGACUGGGUCUACACUUGACAGUCACUUGAAUGCUACUCCAGGCCUUAGAAGAAAGUGAAACUAAUUUUAAAGGCCCCCUAUCCCUGCUGAAGUGAAAAUAGAUCUCCCUGCUCUUUUGUUCUGAACUGAUUUGACUUCCCAGCGCUGGGAGCAAGAGCCUUUGCGCCUGUGCCCCAGCUGUAUUGGAAACACUUCUAAGGCAGAGCCAUGGGUCAGGAAUCUAGCAAGCCUGCAUGGCCCAAACCAGCAGAAGGGUAUCAGUCUAAUACAGGCAGGAGGUAUGGAAGGAGGCAUGCUUAUGUCAGUUUCAGGCCAUCGAUGAGCCAGCAGGAAAGGAUUUCCAACCAGAGAAGGACGACAUCCGAAGUCCCAAUGCACAGAGCAGCCCCCAAUCAAACCACCAAGAGGAGCCGGUCACCAUUUGCCACUACACAUCGUAGCUGGGAUAACAGUGAGAGCUCAGGAGCCAGCCUAAAUGUUGAGAAUGAGGACUAUUCCAGGUAUCCUCCAAGAGAGUAUCGAGCCUCCGGGAGCCGAAGAGGAAUGCCUUAUGGACACAUUGACACUUUUGGGGCAGAUGAUAGUGAGGAGGAGGGGGCUGGGCCUGUUGACCGACUGCCAGUGAGAGGGAAAACUGGCAAAUUUAAGGAUGAUAAGCUGUAUGACACAGAGAAGGGGGCAAGGUCUCUGGCAGGGGUGUCUGCUCACUUCUCUAGUUUUAACCAUGAUGUGAGAGAGGAGCUUGGAAAGAGAGAGCCAGCUUCUGCUGCAAGGUGUUCUGCUAGCCGACCUGAAUUCCUGAAGCAAAGUGUUGUGACCUCUAAGAUGUCUUCUGCAGAAGGCAAGGUGGCUGCCAAAGGAGACCGGUUGGAGAGGGAGAGACGGGGGCAAAAUUUACCAGCGCCUACCAGCAGGGCUCCUGUGAGUAUUUGUGGUGGUGAGGAAAACACCCCAAAGAGUGCAGAGGAAGCCGUGGUGAGGCCAAAAGUCAGAAAUUUGGCAACUCCAAACUGCAUGAAACCAAAAAUAUUUUUUGAUACUGAUGAUGAUGAUGAUCCGCCACAUAGUACUUCCAGGUGGAGGGAUGCCCCCAAUGCUGAUGAAGUCCACGUGGAUGGCCUUGCCAGAAGAGACCGAGGGGAGAGCACCAGCAGCUACUCAGAGCUGAAGUACCCUGAAAACAAGAGGGAAGCAAGGAACGACCAGGUGAAACCAGAGAAAGUGCCAAGACGGCGACGAACCAUGGCUGAUCCUGAUUUCUGGACAUACAGUGAUGAUUACUACAGAUACUAUGAUGAUGACUCUGACAGCGACAAAGAGUGGAUCGCUGCUCUGCGCCGGAAGUAUCGAAGUCGGGAACAGCCCCAGUCCUCCAGUGGUGAAAGCUGGGAGGCUGUUCCAGGAAAGGAAGAGCGGGAACCUCAGCAAGCUAGAGAGGUUGUGAGCACCCCUGGAGCCAGUGCUGGUGGGGUCACUGCCAGCGCCAGUGUCGGCAGCAAUGGAAGUGGCUGUCUUGAAGAAGUCCAAGAGCCAUCUCUCCAGGAAGAGGAGCAGAGCUCUCUGGAAGAAGGAGAAAUUCCUUGGCUACAGUACAAUGAGAACGAGAGCAGCAGUGAAGGGGAUAAUGAGUCCAGUCAUGAGUUGAUGCAGCCUGGGAUGUUCAUGUUGGAUGGAAACAACAACCUCGAAGAUGACUCCAGUGUGAGUGAAGACCUAGAAGUGGAUUGGAGCCUCUUUGAUGGAUUUGCAGAUGGCUUGGGAGUGGCUGAAGCCAUCUCCUACGUGGAUCCUCAGUUCCUCACCUACAUGGCUCUUGAAGAGCGCCUGGCUCAGGCUAUGGAGACUGCCCUUGCACACUUGGAGUCCCUCGCUGUUGAUGUGGAGGUGGCCAACCCACCCGCCAGCAAGGAGAGCAUCGAUGCUCUUCCCGAGAUCCUGGUCACUGAAGAUCACGGUGCAGUGGGCCAGGAAAUGUGCUGUCCUAUCUGCUGUAGUGAAUAUGUGAAGGGGGAGGUGGCAACCGAGCUGCCAUGCCACCACUAUUUCCACAAGCCAUGCGUGUCCAUCUGGCUUCAGAAGUCCGGCACUUGCCCAGUGUGCCGCUGCAUGUUCCCUCCCCCACUCUAAAGGUCAAGGUUCUUUACUCCUGGUCUGGUUAUUUUCCUCAUCCAAAAUCCACAAUACUACAGGAACCCUGUCAAAAUUAACAAUGGAAACGAAACCAAUUAGACUAAGCCUGUCGAUCCCUUGUGAUUAUUUCCAAUGUGAAAAUGGCUGUGUACAAUUACAUUAAAAAAAAUCAUACUGUCUUUUAGAGGUUAGAAAAGGAAAACUAAUCUUUAUAAAUGCUACUUGAAAUUUCAGUAGGCACAUACAUUUUCUAACCUGAAAGUUAAGUAAAUCACAUCUGUUCAGUAAACUAUUGCUCUUAAUUGUAAUGUCAAGUUUAUCUGUUAUGUAUGUCAAAAAGGCAAAAUCACUUUUGUUGCAUGUUAUAGAUUAAUGUUCCUAUAUUUGCAGUGCUGUAAAAGCUUAUUAAAGUUCUUUUGGUUUGACAUGG